UGAGUGGUCAAUUGCUGUGCCUCGUCACACUUACACACCUCAAAGCCGCUUCCGGCAACUAGACAUCCUCACUCCCCCAAAACAAGACGAGACCGCAUUCGUCCCUCCUUCCUAUAUUUUUUGGGGUCUUCUUCUCUUUAUUUUCAAACCCCCUACUCCGUCUUCCUCUCCUCGUCGUCGCCGCCCUACUACACAUCAUCGACACUACGCACUUUCCUCAACGACUUAUUCUCUCCAGCUUCUUCGUGAAGCUCAUCUCCUCCUCCAGCAGCAGUCACAAUGUCGUACUCCUGGGUUGGAGCCCCAGCUGUCUUCAAUGGCACCAACGAUGAGACUGGUGGAGAUUCCGCCACCACAAACUUGAACCAAUGGUACCAGUCGGGCGACCAGGCCUUCAUCAUCGUGGCCUCAUGUAUGGUGCUCAUCAUGGUGCCCGGCAUUUCCUUCCUCUACUCUGGACUAGCUCGACGAAAAUCCGCUCUCUCGCUCAUCUGGGUUACCAUGAUGUCCUUUUCCGUCAUCGUCUUCCAGUGGUACUUUUGGGGCUACUCGUUGGCCUUCAGCUCGACCGGCACCAGCGGCUUCAUCGGCGACCUGCACCACUUUGGCCUCAUGAACACGCUCGCCAUACCCUCGCCGGGAUCGCCUCUAAUUCCAGAGCUGCUGUACUCGUUCUACCAGAUGCAGUUCUGUGCCGUGACGGCUGCCCUCGUUGUCGGCGCCACGGCUGAGCGUGGUCGAGUCCUCCCUGCCAUGGUCUUCACCUUCUUCUGGGCCACCCUCGUCUACUGCCCCAUCGCCUGCUGGGUGUGGAAUGUCAACGGCUGGGGUUUCAACUACGGUGUCCUGGACUACGCUGGCGGGGGUCCUGUCGAGAUCGGCUCCGGUAUGUCCGCGCUGGCCUACUCGUGGGUGCUCGGCCGCCGCAACGAGAAGAUGAUGCUCAACUUCCGCCCUCACAACAUUUCCCUGAUCCUGCUUGGCACCAUUCUCCUCUGGUUUGGCUGGCUCGGCUUCAACGGCGGCUCUGCCUUUGGCGCCAAUCUCCGCGCCACCAUGGCCUGCUGGAACUCGUGCCUGACGGCCAUGUUUGCCGCCAUGACCUGGUGUCUCCUCGAUUUCCGCCUGGCCCGCAAGUGGUCUCUUGUCGGCUGGUGUUCUGGCACCAUCUCGGGUCUCGUGUCCGCCACCCCGGCCUCCGGCUUCAUCACGCCCUGGGCCUCCAUUAUCCUCGGCGUCGUGACUGGCAUCUGCUGUAACUUCGCCACCAAGAUCAAGUUCCUCGUUGGCAUCGACGAUUCCCUCGAUGUUUUUGCUGAGCACGCCAUCGGCGGCAUGGUCGGCCUGAUUUUCAACGCCCUGUUUGCCGCCGACUACAUUAUCGGUCUGGAUGGCGUAAACACGGGUAUUAUCAACGGGGGCUGGCUCAACCACAACUACAAGCAGCUGUACAUCCAGAUCGCCUACAUAGUGGCCUGUACUGCCUACGCAUUCGUCAUGUCUGCUAUCAUUGCUAAGAUCAUCGACGUCAUCCCGGGCUUGCACCUCCGUGCCACCGAAGAGGCUGAGUUGUUGGGUAUGGACGACGACCAGCACGGCGAGUUCGCCUACGACUAUGUUGAAGUCCGCCGAGACUUCCUCGCUUGGACCCCUGCCCAGCAACACCAGAACACCGACAGCAACAGGCUGAUACCCACACACGGCAUCGAGGAGCACCAGAACAUGAUGCCCACCACGAGCAACAUGAACGCAUCGCGGGGGAGCGACGAGGCGGAGAAGCGCCCACCACCCGGGUCCUCGGAUGCCUCGCAGUCGCAAUAGGAACACGCGGCUGUGGGCAUUCUGGCCGGGUGCGUGAAGCAGGAUGGACGGAUCAACCCUUCCAAGUCUUGAUUACUAUGUUACUUUUUCUCUCGUCUUAUCUAUAAGCAUACAGACAAAUGUGCUUUUCUUCUUACAUAUUGAGUACUACUGGCAUAGGCAUGGGUCUGCAUUUUCUCUUGGCGUCGUUUUGAGCUACAAAAAAGUUGGCAUAACUCAAGUGUACAAUGCUUUUUCCCCUGAAAAGGUCUCAGGUCCUCUGUGCAAAUUCACGAGUGAAUUGUUCUUAUACUAUGUGUCUUUCACAACC